GGCGGCAACCGAGGCCGAGCCCUGGCUGUUUCGCCUUCGUCGUCUCUGCUCGCUCAACCUCCCAAGGACAAGGACGCAGUCACGCAGGUGACAUCGACCUCCUCUGUCUCUCCGCGCACAAGAUCGAAUUAUUCCUUCAGAGGUCGGAGCAAUCGCGGCGCGGUUUCCGUUGGCGCGGCCGUGCAAAAAAAAAACGCUGCCCUCCAUGGGCGGCGCGGAGCUGGAGGGGAGGCCGGCGAUGCCGCAGGCGCUGAUGCUCAAGGAGUGGCUGGAGCUGGAGUCCAGCGCGGAGCUCUCCCGCGACGGCUUCGGCUGCUACCCGCGGCACCUCGCCGCCGAGCUCCGGAGCGCCAGCGGCAGGCGGCGGAACGGGGACGUCAUCGCCAGGUUCUCGGCCGCGGUGAGGGCCGCGGAGGCGGUGGCGGUGGCGGUGGCCGCGCUCCCCAGGACCAGGAGCCUCUCGAGGCGGCUGCGGGUUGGGUUCUGGAACAGGAAGCGGAGGGGGGAGGCGGAGGAGACGGACAGGCCAGUGGCCAGCUGCUCCGCGACGGCCGCGAGCAGCGGGAGGACGGAUGCGUCGUCGCCGGCAAUGUCCCCGCGUCGCAUGAGCUGGGAGGGACGGCAGGCCGGUGGCGAAGGUGCGGGUCAUGUCAGCGGCGGGCGUCGGAGCCAUGAAAAAAUGGUUGCGGGAUGCGAGUGUCGCUUGGACGAGGCGCGGGAGCGGGAGCAGCGGCUGAGCCCCGUGUCGGUGAUGGAUUUCCUCAGCCAGGACGGAGACGAUGGCCACGACAACGACUGCAACGACCACGGCGGCGGCGGCGGCGGCGGCCACAGCGAGGACGGCGACGGCGCCUCACCGGCGUUCGAGCGAAGCCUAGCCAACAUCCGAAGUAACUAGUAAGCCUCCUCUGCUUUCCGUUUGGCCCAAUUUCCAAUUGAACUCAGUUGACCCAGUUCACUCCUUUACCUCCAUGCAAGUUGCGCUGCUCUGCUUCGUGUGCAUCCGUUUCCUUUUUCUUUUUCGAAUUUCUCACGCACAACUGUAUGUUAAAAAAAUGGUAGUACUCGGUCGAAAGGCCGAAAGGGCACAUUGGCUCUGGUCAUGUUGGUAGCAGAAGCUUUUCUCCGCCGGACUCUGUACUUCGUAGUGCAGGUGUAGCAGCUGCGACACGCCGACAGCAGCAGUUGCCCGCACAGCUCGUUGUCUUGUCUCAUGUCAGAGCUAGACUGGCUGCUUUCAACAUUUCACGGGGGACAGUCGUCGGGCAAUCUGGGCCGUUGGAAUAGACCAACGAGCGCGCACGCGUGUAACCUGACGCGCACAAUCCGUUGGCGUACUAGGGUUUAGGAUCGACGGUUGUUUGGUUCAGGGAUUUUUUUAGUCCCUGGAACUUUUUAGUAUUUAGAAAUAUUAAAUAAAUGUUAAUUAUAAAACUAACUGCAGA